AGAGACGGAACGAGAAUGCAAACAUAUAUACAGCACACGCGCUCUUCUUCUCUGAACAACCAGCUUCUGUUCUCAUUUCCUCCUCCUCGUCCUCCUCCUCCACCUCCGCUUCGGUUGCAGAAAUCGGUGCUCGCCAUGACUCUUCAAGCUUCUUCGUUCGCCGUCGGCGUGCCGUCCUUGGCCCCGCGUCGCUGCCGCUCCGGUCCCGGCCAUGUCGUUCGAGCCAAAGUGGAGCCAACAGAGAAGUCUGUUGAGAUAAUGAGAAAGUUCUCCGAGCAGUAUGCUCGCCGAUCAGGAACAUAUUUCUGCGUUGAUAAGGGUGUGACUUCUGUUGUUAUUAAGGGACUGGCUGACCAUAAAGACGCAUUAGGUGCACCGCUUUGCCCAUGUAGGCAUUAUGAUGACAAAGCUGCAGAGGCAGCGCAAGGUUUUUGGAAUUGUCCUUGUGUUCCAAUGAGGGAGAGGAAAGAGUGCCACUGCAUGCUAUUCCUCACUCCAGACAAUGAUUUUGCUGGCCAAGAUCAGGCCAUUUCGUUGGAAGAAAUCAAGGAAACAACUGCAAGUAUGUGAUGCUCUGCCAUGAAGUUGACUUGUUAUGACAUCUGUUCGAACCCUUGUUAGAUGAAAAUUGAAAUACUAGUGAGAACGAAAAGGAGCAGCAGUUUUUAACCCCUCCAUUGUAUAUUUUUGUAUGCUAGCCUACUGUCCACCCUUGUUAUCUGCAAAUGGGGCUUUAGUUUCUUCCACAAUUUUCUUAACGCUAAAAUCUGUUUGGAGACAUUUUCUGGUGUCCACUCUCAAAUGUGGUUUGUGGGGAACUUUGAAUGUACCAUUCAGCGCAGCACAGACAUACUAAGGAUCACUCCCUGUGGUCGGGGAUCGUGAUGAGCUAAAUGCUGUUGGGUUAACGGUCUGAUUGAUGAUCAAUUGGCUGUAACUUAUUGCAUCACGGGAAUCGAUUAAAUCGGUCAAAUCUGCAUUUGGCCAGACA